AUGGAUACACUACUUGACUUCGAAUCCGAUGGAGAAUAUGACUAUGAAUAUGAAUAUGGUACAGAGACCGAGAGCUUUUAUCUCAACCUGGACCUGACCGCUCACCAUGGCCCAGUGCGCCCCCCACGCCGUCGUCCGAAGGAAGCAGUAUCUCGGGAGGAUACACAGAACCCUGCAGAUUAUACGAGCCAAGGAUUUCCAAGCGAAGCUUAUCCUCCGAUCGAGAGCGCUGAGACAGGCAACCUCCCGAACGAACGAAUCCAAAUUCUCGACCUCCACACGAGCAACCCAAUCAUUUCUUACUACAACCAAAUGUUUAGUUGCUCCUGGGCUGAUCAAAUUGGCACUGAACUAGUUUUUGCCAGUCCAGACGCAGGAACCGAACCCGACCCAGACAAUCACUUCCCUCAACCUCUACACCGUGGACCCUCCUACCAGCUUCUUGCUGCCAACAGUGUGAAAAUCCUCGGUCGGAAGGCACACCUCGCCCCCAGCGCUGGGCCAGGACCAGCCCACGGCUUUACCGAGGGACCCUCAAGCGCCGAACCUGCUCUAGAGUCCGCGUCUUCUCAGGGCCCCGAACCCCUCGGCGCACCCCGUCGUCCCGCUGUCCCGUCCCACCAAGCGCAGUUCCUCCACAGGUUGCAGCAGAUCAAGAACGCCAAGGGAGAGUCUGAUACCGUUCGCACGGUCAUGAGUACACGUCGGAAUGUGAAUAUGGUGGACAGACAGCAAGGCUGGGCUCGUACCGAGGCGCAGCUUGCUGAGAUCGAGCGGCUGAAUGAACGUGCUUUGAAAGGAGACUUGGAGGCCAAGGCAACUCUUGAGCUACUGAUUCAAGAGCUCAAUCCUGAUGAGACAGAGUCUGAGUCUGAUUCGGAGUUAACAUCUGACAGCGAUGAUCUAACGUCAUGA